AACCAGAAAAAGAAUUGGUAGGGAAAUCUCAAUCCGUUCUUUUUGUGCUGAACGUCAACAGUCUUUCGGAAGAGAAGUUAGACAUGCUGCUGCUGAGACUUAUUUAAUUACUCGUCUUAGUUUCGAGUUGUUGCGUUAUCUCGGAUAACCUCUCUCUCAUUAGUUUUUUUUCUUUCUAUAAGGUUUUGGUUCACUCUUGUAAAAUUAAUUAUCAAUCUUAUCAGAUUAGUUUCAGUCUUAUAUUUUAUGAUUAGGACAUUCUAAUUUUUAUCAGUUUUCAUGUAUUCAUCUUCACUUAGAUAUGUGUUUCUGUACUUACUUAGAGUAACUUCUGAGCAAAUUCAGAGAUGAAAAUGUUAGUAUGAUAGGGUUAUCAAUUUGCUUUUGACGGCUAUGUUAAAGGCCUAGUAAAUUUAUUUAUUUUGAGUGUUUUGUCUUGCAAUAAGCAUGAAUUUUGCCUCAACAGAACUCUUCCCCGGUAAAUGUUGUCAUCGGAGAUGCAAGUCCUUCGAUUGUAUACUUGUACAUUCAUGUUCAGAUAGCAAUUUGAAGUCUAACUGUCUGAAACUAGAGAAUGCAUACCUUAUGGGUAGGCUACAGAUGGAUUACGAAGUUUCUCGCUCUUGGUUGUUAUGCUAUGCUUCUUAUGCCUGGCUUUCUUCAAGUUGCAUAUUACUAUUUCUUCUCGAGUCAAGUCCGGAGAAGUAUAGUUUAUGGAGAUCAACCAAGAAAUAGGUUGGAUCUGUAUUUUCCUAUAAAGAAUUAUGGGUUGAAGCCUGUUGUGAUAUUUAUAACUGGUGGAGCUUGGAUAAUUGGGUAUAAAGCCUGGGACUCUCUUUUGGGGCUGAAAUUAGCAGAAAAAGACUUCAUUGUGGCAUGCAUAGAUUACAGGAAUUUUCCUCAAGGAACCAUUAGUGAUAUGGUUAAAGAUGCUUCACAAGGGAUCUCAUUUGUGCUCAACAACAUUGCUGAAUAUGAAGGUGAUCUUAACAGGGUUUAUUUAAUGGGGCAAUCAGCUGGUGCACAUAUCGCUGCUUGUGCCCUUGUGGAAAAAGCAGCCCAUGCAUCUGCUGAACGGGAAAACUCUUGGAGUGCCUCCCAGAUAAAAGCUUAUUUUGGAAUAUCUGGAGGGUACAACUUACGUAAAUUGGUUGAUCACUUUCAUGCGCGAGGCCUUUGUCGGUCCAUUUUUCUCAGCAUAAUGGAAGGGGAGGAAUCUUUGCGGCGCUUUUCCCCUGAAAUAAUGGUACAAGAUCAUGGUCUAAAUAAUGGAGUUGGUAGUGUGCCUCCUAUUAUUCUUUUACAUGGAAGUGAAGAUGUUUCAAUACCAUCAGAUGCCAGUAAGACUUUUGCUGAUGCUCUUCGAAAAGUUGGAGUUAAAACUGAAUUAAUAAUAUAUGAUGGGAAAACUCAUACAGGUUUGUUUCUUCAGGAUCCUCUAAGAGGUGGUACUGAUCAGCUGCUCAAAGAUAUUUGUACAUGUAUUCGUAAGAGUGAAGGGGCCGCCUCCACAAAUGAAGAAGAGGUGAUGCUUCCUAGACGACGUCUUGUACCCGAGUUCAUGAUACAAUUAGCUCGCAAAAUCAGUCCUUUUUGAGUAUUUGAUUUCCAAGGUAGAUCCUCCACAUUUUGUUUAUAACCUUAUAUUUAUUGCUGCCCUAUUUGUUUUGAUAGAACUGUUGUUGCUGUAAUCAUUGUUGCUAGGUUUGUAUAUAUACGUUGUCAUGUGAGCCAACUUUCUUAGUAUGUCAGCAUGUUACAGUUUAUAUAGUUGUGAUAUCAUUUCAUCAUUCUUUUUGUUCCUUACCACCUCAGUUUUUGAAUGAACUUAAGAAUUUGAGUACUAUUCAUUCAUUGUAUAAUAUGUUUAGUCCAUUUUAGUUUUCAUUUUCAAAUUCGAAGUUUGGUUAAUGAAUUUGAAAUUCUGUCAGUAAGACAUGAAACUGCUACUGUAUUCUGUCAUCGAACAGGAUAUAGUUUGUUUUUUUAUAGAAUCCAACCGACAUCAUUAUCUUAUAACAACUAUAUCACAUAUUAGGAGUCAUGUACAUGAAUUCCCUGGAGAACAAGUAUUAGAAUCUAACUCAAUAAUGCACUUAUAAGGAACCAAACCCUUUAUUUCUUAUUUCAUAAAGUGAUUACAACAAGCCACUUACAUAUAGAUAGAUACUAGUAGUAAUAAAAACAAGAAACCACAUACCCACCAUGUGACGCUGUCAUAGGUCUGCAUCCCUCCUGUUAGUUCUUUGCUAAUGGUUUGGCAGCUGCUGGUUUCGCACAGCCUUUGCCUGGAAAAAUGAUAAAUUAAAUCAGAACACCUCUUUUCAUGCAAUUGGAUUGGUGCAGGUUCUGCCAACUGAGGUACCCAGUAGCCUCAAUUUGAUAUUGUAUUUUCAGUUAUCUGUUGUUUUCAUACACCCUGGUCCCUGGAUGCAGAUAUGUACAUUUUGUAGUGAAAAUCUCAUUUGAAUGUAUGGAUCAGUUAAAGGCAAUGACAUCUGUGUAACUUUGUUGA